AUGCCGGAAUUUAUCAGCCUCACGUUCCCGAACGCAUCUACCGAGAUCAAUCCAAUCCCCAACGCCUCGAUUGAUCCAGAGUAUCUCGUUCGAUACGCCCGCAACCUUGAUGAUUAUGGCUACAACUACACACUGGUUCCCUACGACUCCUCAUCAUACGAUCCAUUCACCAUUGGAGCCACCAUUCUAUCUGUGACCAAAAACCUCAAGGUUAUCAUUGCUCUGCGACCCAACACGCUGUACCCCACAGUUGCCGCAAAGGCACUAGCUACACUGGAUCAACUGAGCGGUGGUCGUGUCGUGGUUCACUUUAUCGCAGGCGGAAGUGAUGCAGAGCAGGCCAAGGAAGGAGACUUCCUGAACAAGGAUGAACGCUAUGGACGUCUUGAGGAUUAUAUUAAGAUUCUUCGCCGCGCAUGGAAGUCCGAUGAGCCAUUUGACUGGGACAGCAAAUACUACACCUUCAAACAAUUCAGCAACCGCGUCCGGCCGACCAACGGCCCAAUCCCUGUCUCAGUCGGCGGCUCAUCGGACGAAGCAUACCGCAUCGGAGGCUCCCUGGCUGAUAUCUUUGGUCUCUGGGGUGAACCUUUGAAAGAAACCAAGGACCAAGUUGAUCGCAUCUAUGCCGAAGCAGCAAAGGCCGGUCGCCCGGACUCAGACAGACCUCGCAUCUGGGUGACUUUCCGUCCUAUUCUCGCAGAGACUGAAGACCUCGCUUGGGCCAAGGCACACCGAACUCUCGAUGCAUUGACUACCAACCGAGCAAAGGGACAAGGAAAGGCUCCCGUGGAUGCGCCGCCUCCACAGAAUGCGGGCUCUCAACGUCUUCUUGAUAUUGCCGCUCGUGGGGAGGUCCAGGAUCGAGCGCUUUGGUAUCCUACUGUUACGGCAACAAAUGCGCGUGGUGCAUCCACUGCCCUGGUUGGAUCGCCGAAGACUAUCGUCGAGUCCCUUAUUGACUACGUUGAUCUUGGCGCCGACCUCAUCUCUAUCCGGGGAUAUGAUAAUCUCAACGACGCCAUUGAUUAUGGUCGGUUCGUGAUUCCCAAAGUUCGUCAAACACUACAGGAACGGGAGAACGGUGCUUCGAAUUAA